GCGCGUGGGGAAUGCAAAGUGACCCCCAAAAUGACCCAUCAUUGACGUCAUUUGUUCUCAUAUCAUUUCAAGAAUGCAAAAUUUGGAACGAGGAGAUAACUAAUUCCUCUCGAAGAGCAAUGGCAUAUCUAGAGCAACUUUCAGAGAAGGCAUUGCGAGAAAAUCCUUUUCUUCUGGCUAUUACAGCGUAUGCGUUAGCUUUGGCAAACAGUGAUAAAAUGGAUUUUUUCAGAGACUUGCUAUAUGACACCCGAUCUGAGGAAUCAGAUUUGCUAUUCUGGAGUAAUCGCGGCGAUGCACCAAAUGGUUACGGUGUAGAGACGACUGCUUACGCUCUACUGACCUUUUUAGAGGUUAAGGAAUACCGAAUAUGUACCAAGAUAGCAGCCUGGCUCUCAAAACAAGAUACCUUAAUCAAAGAUUUUGGGCAAAAUACAAUGCAGAAUGCAAUCCCACUGCAAGCCUUGGCUAAGUACACUGAACGCAUGUACAGAAUGAACGAAAUCCUCGAAGUUCGUAUUGAAAACGGACCGUUGGUUUGGAGUGGUCUUCUAUCCAGUAUAAAUGAUCAUGUAGCAGAAAUCGAUCUCCCACUGACAAACAAAAGCAAUCGGUUUCAAGUGACGACAACCGGGUUUGGCAGCGGUACUUUGACAAUUGAAAUGUCUUACAACACAAAACCAGAAGAUGAUACAAUUAACGUACUCAAUAGUUACAAUAUAAGCAAUAUUAUCAUUAAGGAUUCACUUAUACUCAACAAUCAAAAUGAAAGCAAAUGUGAUGUUUGUGGUUAUUGUGAAGAGCCGUCACAGAAUGAAGAUCGGUUGGAUGGUGAAAAACGUCCAGACAUACAGAUUUCAGCGCGCCUGAAAUGUGUGCAAUUUGCUGUCAAAACGACCUCCGGUCAUAAUUACACAGGGCUGUCCGUUGUAAAGACUUACCUCCCAGUCGGGGUCAAUAUUGUGCCGUCGGAUAUACAGAAGAUGUUCAAUGAAGGUGUAUUUGUUCGAUAUGAAAUGCCGAAUGAUGGAAAAGGUUUUGUUCAGUUUUACAUGGAUAAGAUUUCAACUGACCCUAGUGUAUUUAUCUUCAGAAUUGAGGACACAUUUUCUGAUGACUUUUCAAGCCGUUUUGUGCUCUCAGUUCUUGUGUAUGACUAUUAUAACCCAGAACGCUCGAGUAUGAAGCACUACAUGAUUGGCUCAGGUAACGGACAGGCUUCCCCAGUUGUGUGUGAUGAUGGUGGUGGCCAGUGUAAAUGCAAUCGCGUUGUAAGUAGCGACUCGGAAGAGAUAUUCCAGGAGCCAACGCCAGCGGACGCACUAUAUGACCAUAAACAUGACGGCGAGUGUCAUGUGACUGGUUGUUAUUGCCACUCUGUUACCGGCGAUCAAACGUGCUGCACUCUGUUGAAGAAGAAACCUACUUCAAAAGAUGGAGAAUAAGAAAGAUUGAAACCAAAUCUCUUCGGCACAGAAAUGUUAUCGAAACGGUUCCAAUACAACGAUCAGGUGUUGGUAUCAACACAUUUGACGAUUUUUUCAGAAUGUACAAGGAAUUAGUUUAUAUACCUGCAUGAAACGAUUGUCUUUUUGUGUGAACGUUUUCUUUAGAAUUGAGUAGUUGUAAUCGACGACCACAAUUGGUAGACAUGAAUAAACAUGUUUUUGGUGACUUUGAAUAGACCGAUAUAUAUAAUCCAAGUAUGUAUCAUUAUCAUGUUGUUUAAAUUCAAUGUAUACAUUUUAAACUAUAUUUAAUAUGUAUAUAUAAGAUAUACAUAGGACAUUUGCGGAUUCCGUCAUUGCCAAUUGUUUGAAAAAAAACAAGAGAUUUGGUUUGGACUAGUUUCCACUUUAUAUAUACAUGCUAUUUGAAGAAAAUGCACCUUCUACGGGAGUCUCAUAUUACAAUAUGGUCAGUGGAUUCUCUGUAAUUUCCAAAAAAAAUUAUAGCUAUAUAACAUUUAUAAUUUCUAAAAAUUUUCCUUAAGUGAUCUACAAUGUCAUUAUUUGAAAAUAAAUGUCUCUAAUCAGGA